AAAGAAGAAGAAAAGAUAACGAAAAAAAUUAUAGAAACCAUUUAGGCAACGUCCCAUCGUCGACAUGGCCGACGCUCCCGCCACCGACCCCGCGCAAGCCGCCGCCGCCGCCGCCGCCUCUCCUUCCAAUAACCCAUCCCCUCCGACCGGGGAUAAUGGCGGUGAUGCCGGCGGCGAGAAGCAGUCCAAGAAGGGAGCCAAGAAGGCCGAAGCCAAAGCGAAAAAAGAAGCCGAAAAGGCUCGCAAGGCCGCCGAGCGCGAAGCCGCCGAGGCCGCCAGGAAGGCCGCCGGCGGCGCGGCCGGAGGUGAGGACCUGGCCAAGGACAACUACGGCGACCCGAACCACACGACCAAGGUGGAAGCGGAGCGGGUGCACCUGCGCGACCUCGGGGAGGAGCACGUCGGCAAGAGCGUCAAGGUGCGCGGCUGGGUGCAGAACUCGCGCAUGCAGGGCGCCAAGAUGUGCUUCGUCGAGCUGCGCGAGGAGCGCAACUGGGCCGUGCAGGGCGUCAUCACCGCCAGCGCCGAGGGGAAGCCCGUCUCCCGCCCGAUGGUGAAGUGGGUCGGCGCCCUCCCGCUCGAGUCGUUCGUCCUGGUCGAGGCUACCGUCCAGAAGCCGCUCGAGCCGGUCAAGAGCUGCAAGGUCAGCCUGUACGAGCUGCACAUCACCAAGUGCUACCUCGUCGCCCGGGGUCCUGAGGUGCUGGGCCUCGGUCUCGCGGCUGCGAACCGCGCCAUCUCGAGCUUCGAUGACGAGGAGCAUCCCGCUCCCGCUGCUUCUGCUGCUGCUGCUGCUGCUGCUGCUGCUGACGGGACUACUGCUGUCGAGGCGGCUAGGGAGGGUGUCGAGGGCGUUACUCUCGACGGCGUUCCCGCUGCUAGUAUGAUCACCCAUCUCAACAACCCGGUCAUGCACAAGCGUGCCCCCGUGCAGCAGGCCAUUGCCGAUGUCCGCAUGGCCACCCGGAAGCUCUUUGCCGAGUACCUCGAUUCCCAGGGCUUCGUCCAGUUCGAGCCUCCCUGUCUGAUCGGGGCCGCAUCGGAAGGCGGCGCCAACGUCUUCGUCUUGCCGUACUUUGAUAAGACUGCCUGUCUGGCCCAGUCUCCCCAGUUCUACAAGCAGAUUGAGAUUGCCGGUGGCCGAAAGAGAGUAUAUUGCAUUGGUCCCGUUUUCCGUGCCGAGAACUCCAAUACCCCGAGGCACAUGACUGAGUUCACCGGUCUCGAUCUCGAAAUGGAAAUCGAAGACGACUAUCACGAGGUGCAGGACAUGCUCGAGAAGACCCUGCUCUACAUCUUCCGUGGCCUCGCGGAACGCUGCGCCGAGCAAAUCGAGACCAUCCGCGCCGUCUACCCGUCCGAGGACUUCCUCCUGCCCGAACCGGGCAAGGAAGUCCGCCUCACCUUCGCCGAGGGCCAGCGCCUCCUCCGCGAGGAAGGCCCGGAGGAGUUCCGCAACGUGAGCGACUUCGAGGACAUGUCCACCCCGCAAGAGAAGGCCCUGGGCGCGCUCAUCCGCGCCAAGUACAACACGGACUUCUACGUCCUCGACAAGUUCCCCGAGGAGGCCCGCCCCUUCUACGCCCUCGAGGACCCGGCCGACCCGCGCGUCACCAACGCCUACGACUUCUUCAUGCGCGGCCAGGAGAUCCUCAGCGGCGGUCAACGUAUCCACGACCCUGCCCUCCUCGAGGCCCGCAUCCGGAAGAAGGGCAUCGACCCCAACUCCCCCGGUAUCAAGGAGUACAUCGACGUCUUCCGAAGCGCCGGCGUCCCGCCCCAUGGCGGUGGCGGUAUCGGCCUCGACCGCGUCGUCGCUUGGUUCCUGAACCUGCCCUCUGUGCAUUUGACGAGCUACUACCCUCGCACGCCCAAGAGGCUGCUUCCGUAGAGGUCUUUACCGGAAUGGAGAGACAAGAAUGGCGAUGAUAAAAGGGGGGUGGUAAGAUAUCCCCGAUCGACGGGGUUGUAACUCCAUGUAGAGAGGCGGACGUAUAGGCAUAAAAAUGAUUUACACGAAGGAUUAGGAUUAGCCGUCAUGAAAUAAAGAAAUUGAAAACACAUUACCAUCAGAG